AUGCCGCCCCGAGGUUACCGGUUCCAGCCCAGGUAUGUGUGGAAGAUGCACCACGGUGCACCCUUCUGGGAGUCCCGCGACUUAUGGAGGCGCAUUGCUGACCGUUUGCUACUCAGUCGUGAAUUCCACGUCGUGGUGCUGGGCGCAGCUCAAUUUGUCCACAAUGAAUGGAUCGAGAGCUAUGAUCCGACCAUCGAGGAUUCGUACCGAACCCAGCUGCAAGUCGAUGGCCGGCAAGUUGUGCUAGAGAUCCUCGACACUGCAGGGACAGAGCAAUUUGUUGCCAUGCGGGAUCUCUACAUGAAGACCGGGCAAGGAUUCCUUCUCGUCUUCAGCAUCACAUCAUCAUCAUCCCUCGAGGAGCUUGCCAACCUCCGAGAUGAGAUCAUUCGAAUCAAGGAUGACGAAAACGUGCCCAUCGUCAUUGUCGGCAACAAGGCUGAUCUCGAAGAGAACCGCGCCGUGCCGAGGGCAAAGGGAUUUUCGAUAUCGCAGCGAUGGGAGGCUCCGUAUUACGAAUCCAGCGCACGAACAAGAACCAAUGUCGAUGAGGUGUUCAUCGAUCUGUGUCGCCAGAUGCUUCGGAGGGACAAUGAGAAUGGAGUCGUGGACGAAGAAGAAGACUCGAGGCGCGAUGGAGCGCUCAAGAAGUUCCGCCGGAAGAAGCUGAGGGAUCAACAGUUGCGAUGUGCCAUAUUGUAG